GCGGGGGUUAAGGAAGUCUGUCAGGAAAGCGCUAUUUGUGUUUAUAUAAGUGUUGAUUUUAAUUACUGCGUAUUUGAUUACUAAUAUAAAUAACACAUGACGAACUUAGACAUCUGAAGCUCGAGACACAUCGUCCCACCGCGUCAUGAUCGCGCGCGCACUUUGAGAUGAGCAGUUGCCACAGCAGCAGCAUCACUGAGCUGCUAGCAUCUCUCUGCGACUGCAGCCUCUCCGGGUUGUCAUGGAAACGCCGUGCUCAUGGCGCUGUGUCCCGGGAGGGUGUGCGUCGAAUCCUGCGCAGGCGUGCGUACGGGGUGCUGCUGGCCGGGCUCUUCCAAGACGGGGCGCCCAUACCGGCAACCAACGCCCUGGCGAACACUCCCGCCCGCAACAAAAUACUCAUGAUCUCCUUCGACCUACGAGUUUCUGGCCGCGAGGAGGAGGCGGAGCGGUUGGAGGAGCUCCUGAAGCGGCUGUUUGACGGUGUAGACGCCUCCGGACUAUCCGAACUUAAUUCCAUCCUUGAGCUCCUAGUGCAGCUUGCUGGAUCGGAGGCUCCGGCCCCUUUGUCUUUCAGUCGCGAUUACAUGAGGCGGGACCGUCCCGUGCUGCGGAGACCCCCGCUGGGUGGUUACUUGAGUAAGGACAUGCAGAGGUUGGAGGAGAGGGCGUGGUCCCUGAUCUGCAGGGAGGAGUGGGGCGUGUACGGGGGUGUAUGUAGGACCUUGAACAUCAUGGACGCCCCGCCGGGCAUUGGGCUGCUGGGAUUGGGGCGCAGAAUGGAGACGGAGGAGAAGUUUGAGAGGGAGACUAGACUGUCACUGUUUGGUGCCCUCCAGCACUCUAGAACAACAGAUAUGGACAUACGACUGGACCUGCCGCCUGUUCCUAGUAACGCAGACCUUACCGGACUCAGUAUACGGGUUCCUUCAUGUCUGGAUCAAUCUGAGGAUGAGGGCUUCCAGUCCGCCACUAAUCUGACUCCAGAUUCCCAGUCUGAGCCCAGUCCCGGCCCAGAGAUCGACGUGUGGGAGGCACUGCGAACAUUCGUGCCAGGUAGACGCCGCUGUUGGGAGAACAUUGGCUGUCCGCCAGGUCAGACAGAUUCUCCGUACCUGACGGAGGCCGGCAGAGAGGCCUUUGAUCAGCUGUACAGGCUUUGGGAAGGAGAAAUGAGAAACGUUCUGUCCACACAGACCCCGUCACCCCUCCUACCGCUGCCAUUGGACUGUCAGAGUCAGCUGGUCAAAGAUGUGCUCAAUGUGUUGAUCGGUGUUGCCUCCGCAACGUUCCCCCUCAAUGAGGGAAGCGUGCAGUUUGACGUUCGUCCUGAUAUAUGCGUGUCCGGGACGUCUCCUGAGAGUGUGUCUCGUCUCCUGAGUGAGCUAGCGCAGUACGGCACGGAUUACCUGCGCUUGAGUCGCUUCUCGAUGAGCGGCGGGAGUAAAAAAGGACUCGUCUUCCAGGCGUUUACCGGUGGGAUGCGGCGUUAUCUGCAUUACUACAGAGCGUGCGUGUUGAGCACUCCAUCCUCUCUGAGUCUCCUAACAAUCGGGUGUCACUUCCGCAAACUGGGUCGUCAGCUCAGGUAUCUGUCAGAACUGUGUUGUGUGGAUGGAGUCGCUGGUGUGGGACGAGCAACUUUUCCCGCAGGUGUGAAGCUGCUCUCGUGUCUGUAUAAUGAAGCUCAGAGUAACUGCAGUAAUGAGAAUCAUCCGGUGCUGCUUUCUCUCCUGAAGAGCAGCUGUGAGCCGUACACCCGGUUUGUUUCAGACUGGGUGUAUGGAGGCAUCUUCCGUGAUGUUUAUAAAGAGUUUAUGAUUGAGGUCAAUGAAGAUUAUCUGACCUACAGAGACAAGAAUUUUUGGACGCAGGGCUACACUCUCAUCUCACAAGACGCGGAGGACUGCGUGCCUGUCUUUCUCAAACACAUCGCCAACGACGUUUAUGUCUGUGGAAAAACCAUCAACCUGCUAAAGAUCUGCUGCCCACAGCACUACAUCUUCUGGUCGGAUGUACCGGUGCCCAGGAUAGCUGUGACGUUCUCACUGGAAGAAGUGAUAAAGAUCGAGAGAGACUGCGCCGUGUAUCGCGGUAGAAUGGAGACCAUCGCCAAGCACAGCGCCAUCAGCAGGGAGGAGAAGGCGAUACGCACUGAGCAGGCACGACAGGAGCUUAUUAACCAGGUCAUGCAGACGGCAGCCAAGACCCUGGAGAGGAUUAGAGGCCACCAGGUGUCGCAGCGUCUGGCGGAGGAGGCUCAGAAGAGGGAGCGAUUCGAGGAGAUGAAACAGCAGCUGGAGUUGAACCAGGAGUGGCGCAGUACUGCAAAGCGGAGGGAACUGGAAGACGAUUUUAGCUACGCUCGAGAGCUCCGAGAUCGAGAACAGAGACUGCAGGCAGUCGAGGAGCAGCUGGAGCGCCGGGCACGGAUGGAUCUGAUCGCUCAGUACAGUCAGUUAUCUGAAGCCGCCGCUCGGCGUGAGCUCAGAGCCAUGUGGAAGGUUCAGAGGAUUAAGCUCGAUGAGCUCCGGGUGAACUUUCUAGAGCAGGACCAGCUGAAUUUUCAGGCUCUGAUGGAGAAGUUUCCUUUAGGUCAGGCGAGGCCGCUUCCAGAAACCACCCACAAACAACAACACCAUCAGCUCCUUGAGCAGAUGAAUCAAACACCGACCACAAAAGACGCUGCUAUCCCAGAAUCCUCUGCUCAUCCUUGUCCUCCUGCGAUUGGUGGAGUUGAUGCUUUAAAAUCAGAGGAGAUUGACAUAUCUGAUUUCCUCCCUAAACUACCACCCGCUCCUGAUAGCGGUGCUGUGACCCAGGCUCUCCGGGACAUCGGUUGUCACUUGUCACAAAAUUCAGACCACGUCCCCCCACAUCCUUCACACUCUCACAUAAGUGUUGGAGAAAACGUCUCAGAUGUACAGGAGUCCUUCCCAACUCCUAAUCCUCACGGACAAGCAUCCAAGUCCAGCUUCCCGUUGGGUAAUUUCACUCCAGAGAUGCCGGUGGGUCAGCCGAAGGCUAGCAUUCAUGGACACCCUUCACAGAGCUCGGUACAGCUGAGCGACUACCCCGCCUCAGGGCAGGACAAGGGUACAAUACGAUUGGACUCAAACGCCCGGGCCAUUGAAGAGAGAGCUUGUGAUGCAAAGAGCAAUCGCCAGAACACAGAGGAACGGCCAACUGGAUAUGAGGCGAGAACAGAGCCUGUAGCAGCCAGCACAGGUUUAGAGCCAAAGCAAGCAGCCCAGGAGCCAACAGAGAAAGCCAAGUCCUGUGAGAGUGUCAGCCAGCCCUCUCACUCCUCUCAGCCAGAAGAAAAGCAAUCUGUGCCUCCUCUCAUCAGCUUCCAUGACUUAGAAUUUGAUGCACAUAUGAAAAAUAACAGCACUGAUCCAACGAUGAUCUCAUCUCAACCCUCCCUUGAUGUUCAUAGACACGCCUCCGAUGCCCAUAUAAGGGUGGGAGAACACAUUUCUGAGGUAUACUCCACCAUGCCCACCCCUAACAUCCAUGGCCACGCCUCUGACGCCCAUAUAAGAGUAGGUGAACACAUCUCUGAAGAAACAACUCAUGUCCCCACCCAUAACAUCCAUGGCAACGCCUCUGACGCCCAUAUUAAAGUAGGUGAAAACAUGUCAGAAGUAACUUCUCAUGUACCCACACCUAACAUCCAUGGCCACGCCUCUGAUGCUCAUAUAAGAGUAGGUGAACACAUGUCUGAAGAAACAACACAUGUCCCCACCCAAAACAUCCAUGGCCACGCCUCUGAUGCCCAUAUUAAAGUAGGUAAAAACAUAUCUGAAGAAACAACUCAUGUCCCCACCCCUAACAUCCAUGGCCACGCCUCUGAUGCCCAUAUGAAAGUAGGUAAAAACAUGUCUGAAGAAACAACACAUGUCCCCACCCAAAACAUCCAUGGCCACGCCUCUGAUGCCCAUAUUAAAGUAGGUAAAAACAUAUCUGAAGAAACAACUCAUGUCCCCACCCCUAACAUCCAUGGCCACGCCUCUGAUGCCCAUAUUAAAGUAGGUGAAAACAUAUCUGAAGAAACAACUCAUGUCCCCACCCCUAACAUCCAUGGCCACGCCUCUGAUGCCCAUAUAAGAGUAGGUGAACACAUGUCUGAAGAAAAAACUCAUGUCCCCACCCCUAACAUCCAUGGCCACGCCUCUGAUGCCCAUAUAAGAGUAGGUGAAAACAUGUCUGAAGUAUCAACUCAUGUCCCCACCCCUAACAUCCAUGGCCACGCCUCUGACGCCCAUAUAAGAGUAGGGGGACAUGUUUCUGAGGUAACUAACCCUGUACCCACACCUAACAUCCAUGGCCAUGCCUCUGACGCCCAUUUAAGAGUAGGUGAACACAUCUCUGAGCUAGAUACUCCUGUCCCCACCCAUAACAUCCAUUGCCACGCCUCUGACGCCCAUAUAAGAGAAGGUGAACACAUGUCUGAGCUGGAUACUCCUGUCCCAGCCCAUAAUAUCCAUGAACACGCCUCUGAUGCCCAUAUUAAAGUAGGUGAAAACAUGUCAGAAGUAACUUCUCAUGUCCCCACCCCUAACAUCCAUGGCCAUGCCUCUGACGCCCAUAUAAGAGUAGGUGAACACAUCUCUGAGCUAGAUACUCCUGUCCCCACCCAUAACAUCCAUGGCCACGCCUCUGAUGCCCAUAUUAAAGUAGGUGAAAACAUGUCUGGAGAAACAACUCAUGUACCCACCCCUAACAUCCAUGGCCACGCCUCUGACGCCCAUAUAAGAGUAGGUGAACACAUGUCUGAAGAAACAACAUAUGUCCCCACCCCUAACAUCCAUGGCCACGCCUCUGACGCCCAUAUAAGAGUAGGUGAACACAUGUCUGAAGAAACAACAUAUGUCCCCACCCCUAACAUCCAUGGCCACGCCUCUGACGCCCAUAUAAGAGUAGGUGAACACAUGUCUGAAGAAAAAACUCAUGUCCCCACCCCUAACAUCCAUGGCCACGCCUCUGACGCCCAUAUAAGAGUAGGUGAACACAUGUCUGAAGAAACAACAUAUGUCCCCACCCCUAACAUCCAUGGCCACGCCUCUGACGCCCAUAUAAGAGUAGGUGAACACAUGUCUGAAGAAACAACAUAUGUCCCCACCCCUAACAUCCAUGGCCACGCCUCUGACGCCCAUAUAAAGGUGGGUGAGUUUGUGUUUGAUGUCGCUACCUCUCGCCCACGUUGGAGCAAAUACGGUCACUCCUCCGAUAGCACCCUUAAAGCGGGUUGCACAAUUCCUGAAAACGCACCUUCACCCACCCCUCUUCCCGGCAGCGCAUACGGUCACUCGUCAGAUUCAACGCUAACAAGCGGGUGUGUCGUGACGGGCGUCCACCUCCAGCCCUCUGCACUGCCUGGCAGCGAGUAUGGACAUUCCUCGCAGUCAACGCUGGGUGUUGGUUGCGUCGUCGGUGGGGUCGACAUCACUCAAGCCAACUCUUUUCCCAGAAGCAUUCAUGGACAUUCCUCAGACUCGACGUUGGGUAUGGGAUGCAGGGUGGGCGGCGUGGUGCCAGGGAGUUUAUACGGUGAAAAGGCAUCGAACAGAUCGGACCAGCCUUUAGAUGAGACGGAGAAACAAGCCUGGAUGGACACUGAGGCGCCCCCUAGUAUGUCAUUCUCCCUCGACGAGGGGCUCACUGCCUGGGCUCUCGGACUCGGUCUGUCCCCUAAAGAAAGCCCAGAGGAUCGAUACCUCCUCGGCCUGGCCUCACAGUACCAGGUCGAGCAGUACCAGGACUCGUACGGCCUGAUGAGUGCAGAUCCAGAAUCUGAGCUCCUGCAGCAGGUGACACGGGGUCCGAACGGAUUGCCAGUCGACCUCUCGCUUCAGAGGGCCACCGAGGCCACUGCCGUUCAGCUCAGCGAGAUGAUGCCGCUUCCCGUUCUCAUGAAACACUCGGUCACCACGCCACUGAUAACACACGUGUCGAUGGUAAACAAGGCUGUGGUGGAUUAUUUUUUCGUGGAGUUGGGUGUGGAGAAGCAUUUCGAGACUCUGAGACAUUUCCUGUUAAUGGAGGAUGGAGAGUUUGCGCUCUCUCUUAGCGAUCAACUCUUCGAGAAGUUGGGCAGCGGUCAGACGCCAGGUGAGCUGUUGACCCCGCUGGUGUUGAACUCUAUUCUGAACAAAGCGUUACAGUACAGCGUCCACGGCGACAGCAAGCUGGCCGCUCACUUUACGUUUGCUCUGAGAUAUCUGCCGGAGAUCUUUCACCCUCACGCUCCCGACUCGUUGAACUGUCUUGAGCUGCGUUACAAGGUGGACUGGCCGGUGAAUAUCGUCAUAACAGAGAGCUGUCUGAAUAAAUAUAACAGACUGUUUUCAUUCUUACUGCAACUCAAACACAUGGUCUGGUCCCUCAGGGACGUCUGGUUUCACCUGAAGAGGACAGCUCUGGUGAAGGGUGCCGGUCGAUCCGUUCAGUUCCAUCAGCUUCAGCUCUACAGACAUGAGAUGCAGCACUUUGUGAAGGUCAUUCAGGGUUACAUCGCUAAUCAGAUCCUUCAGGUGUCCUGGAGCGAGUUCACACACAAACUGAGCGGCGCCAGCGAUCUGGACGCCAUUCACCGCACGCAUGCAGAAUACCUCAACAGAGCCAUCUUCAGGGGUUUGUUGACAGAGAAAGCCGCUCCGGUGAUGAACAUCAUUCACAGCAUCUUCAGUCUCAUCCUGAAGUUUCGCGGUCAGCUCAUCGCACAGCCCUGGGAGCUCCAGCAGGGGGAGCCGGUGCAUCCCAGUUUCAUUGCCAUGCAGCAGUCUUACAACACCUUCAAGUAUUACUCCAGCUUCCUGUUCAAAGUGGUAAGCAAACUGGUGGACAAAGGCUAUCAACCACAUUUGGAGGACUUUCUGUUGCGGAUCAACCUCAAUAACUAUUACAAAGACUCUUGAUUCUCCUUUGCGUGUUCCGUUGUCACAUUUCGGACAGAAAAGCUUGCUGCUGUGAUCCUGUACCAGCGCCUGUAGAUAUUUUAAGUUUAAAAGUCAAUAGGCAGAAUACAUUUUUUCUCAGUAUCGACUGAAAAGUUGUGUGACUUGUGCAAGUAUUGAUGCUUUUAUCCACAGAGGCUGACUGACUCAACUGUGUACGUGUGAAAUAAAAUUUUGAAUUAAA